AUUAUUUCACUGGCGCUACAACAGGGCUUUUUAUAUUUUAAAGGCAGGUAACUAGAGGUAUCAAUUCUCUAAUUUUGUUCUUGGUUUUUCGAUUUACGACUUUUUGUCCCGAUAGGAUGUGUAUAUCUGUUGGCUUUGUAUUAAGUGUAAAUAUCAGUAAUAGCACAUAUAAUUCUGCAAAUGCUUAUUAAUUUAUCGGAUUACUAACCGUGUAAAAAUUAAACAUUCCCAGAUUUCGGUAUUUCCCCUAUUUUCUAGAGUCGCUAAUCGUAAAGCUUGGUAAUACCCGGAUAAUUUCGGUGUUUCCCCUAAAUGUUAUUUGAGUUCUUUUACAUCUCCUUUGGUUAUUUUAUAUUUGAAUGGCAUAGGGUAAGCAUACGGAAGUGCAAAAAUGAAUAACACUGACGAUAUUUUACAAAGUGGCUCAAAUUCAAAUAAAAAAAUAAAAUUAGAUAUGAAAAAAAAAUUAACAGAGGAAGAACUUUUGAGAUUAUUAGAAACAAGCGAUGAAGAAUUUAGUGACUUUCUUGAUUCAGACAGUGAAUAUUUACCAGAAUCUGAGGAUGAAAUUGAAAAUACUUUACCUACAGCACUUAUUGAGGAUACGGAAGAUACGCCUAAUCUACUCGUUGAUGUUGAUGAAAGCGAUAAAUGGAAAGAAAAUUUUGAUGGUAUGAAAAAUUUUCCUUUUUUAAAACACCAAGAGUUACUAGUAGAAGUUUCCGAUAAUAAUCCAGUUGACUUUUUUCGGAUGCUACUUACAGAUGAAUGUUUGCAGCAAGUAUGUGAUGAGACAAACAGGUAUGCCGAGCACAUUUUCUUAUCUAAUGCAGGGGCGACACAUUCUAGGAUUUUCGAUUGGAAAAUUUUGACUUCCGAAGAACUGCUAGUCUUUUUAGGAUUAGUUCUACACAUGGGUCAUAUUUCGUUGCCUAGGAUUGAGGAUUAUUGGAAAAAGAAAGAUCCUCUUUUUGCUAAUGCAAUUUUUUCCACUUUUAUGGGCCGGAACAGAUUUAUGGUCAUAAUGCGAUGUUUGCAUUUUAAUAAUAAUCCAGAAGAGGGAGAACAAGUACCUGAAGACAGAAUUUAUAAAAUUAGACCGAUGAUAAACUUUUUCAAUAAGAGAAUGGAAGAAGUUUAUUAUCCUGAUCGUAAUUUGAGCUUAGAUGAGUCAAUGGUAUUACACAGAGGACGACUUAAUUUUAGACAAUACUUAAAAAACAAAAAACAUAAAUAUGGGAUUAAGUUGUAUAUGUUGACCGAACCAAAUGGUCUAAUUUUAAAAUUUUUAGUUUAUUCUGGAAUGUUUGACGAUUCAGGUGGAAAAGGACAUGUUAACCUGUUCCGCUCCAUCGUAUCCACGUAUGGAUAUUUUUAG